AUGACUAAUUGUGUGAUAGAUAUUGUUUCACAAUCAUCAUUAGAAAAUAUUAAAUGCAAAAUGAAUAACAGAAAGCCUUUUUUAAUUAAAAAUUGGGAUAUUGGUCCUUGUGUAACUUUAUGGACUCCCGAGUACGUUUCUAGUUGUGUCGGUAAAACUCCCGUAAAAUGUCACGUAAGCCUUUUCAAAAAAUUGGAUUUUAUAAAAAAAAAUUUUCAAUACAAAACAUUAGCAUUUGAUGAAUUAAUAAAACGAAUUUACAACUCUUACAAUGAUUCUUAUUUUCUUGACCCAGAGGAAGUUUAUUACUUAAGAUCAUUGGGUAAUGAUCCAAGGGGAAAAGAUGUUGCCAAUUUUCUUUCACAAUGUAAAGAAUUAGCAAAGGAUUUUAAUGUACCUCCAUUCUUUAAUAAAGAUGAUUUUUUUUCAUCUGUAUUCAGAGCCAGUUCUCAAGGCUUACAAUUAUGGACGCAUUACGACGUUAUGGACAAUAUUUUAAUUCAAGUUCAAGGAAAAAAAAGAGCCUUACUAUGGUCUCCCGAUGAAGUGAGUAAUAUGUACAUGAUCGGAGAUAAAUCUCAAGUUUUAGAUGUUGACAAUCCAGAUGUUGAAAAGUUUCCCAAAUUUUCCUCAAGUUGUAGAUAUGAAUGUUAUAUGAAUGCAGGAGAUAUACUGUUUAUUCCUGCCUUAUGGUUUCAUAAUAUUACAGCUUUAGAACCAUCCCUUGGAGUUAAUAUUUUCUGGAAAAAUUUGCCCCAUGAAUUGUACGACAAACAUGACUCUUAUGGUAACAAAGACUUAUUACCUGGAUUCAAGUCAUCACUCAAAUCUUUAAAAACUCUGCCCGAUGACUACAAAAAUUUUUACAUACAAAGAAUGAUAUCAGAAUUAGAAAAACAAAUAACAAAUAAAAAUACUUAG